AUGUUUGCCUUUCUUUGGCUAAUGCUUCUAGCCUACGCCAGGUUGGUGAGCCCUGUGAAUUCCAACAAUGUAUACUCUCCUCCUCCUUCACAAGUCCAGAGCAUAUUCCUGCUGGCCGGGCAAAGCAACAUGUCCGGCAGAGGCGGCGUAAUCAAUCGCACCUGGGAUGGUGUCAUCCCAUUUCAGUCCCAAUCAAAAACACCAAGCAUUCGCCGGCUGAGUGCCGUCCAGACUUGGGUGCAAGCUCAGGACCCCUUGCACAAGGAUAUAGAUGUGAACAACACUUGUGGGGUUGGGCCGGGGAUGGCGUUUGCAAAUUCUGUUAUGAGUAAGGACUCGAGUAUUGGGGUCAUUGGUUUGGUCCCUUGUGCCAUUGGAGGUACAAAGAUCAGUGAGUGGGGCCGUGGCAGAGAGCUGUACAACCGGCUGAUUAGGAGGGCGGAGGGCGCCUUGCAAGGUGGCGGGAUUAUCAGAGCACUUCUGUGGUAUCAAGGAGAAAGCGACACAAUUGAGCAUGAAGAUGCCAAAUUAUACAAGAUCAGGUUGGAGAGAUUGUUCACCCAUCUGCGUUCUGAUCUACAGUUGCCUGCGCUUCCUGUGAUCCAGGUGGCAUUGGCAUCAGGACAAGGACCAUACGUGGAUGUUGUGAGGAAAGCUCAGUUCGAGGUUGACCUCCCAAAUGUGAAAACGGUGGAUGCCUAUGGGCUACCCAUGGAGCCGGAUUCCUUGCACCUCAGCACUUCAGCGCAGGUCCGGCUUGGGGAGAUGUUGGCCGAUACCUUUCUUCAGUCUGUGCCUCUGCUGCCCGUUCACGUUCAGAGUAGUGCCUGCAAAACAUGUCAAAAUUUUGUUUUGGACACUUUUCUUAGGCCAUUUAGAGGCCCCAUCCUGGGCCUAGACACGUGGCAGCCCAGGACUAGCCGAGCUGGGCCUCGGCCCUUGGAGUCCGGGCAGCCCUCUUGGGCCGCCCUGCCAGGGCUCGCAAGGGGGGCAGGAGUCCAUCCCGAGGAGAUCGGAGACAAUCCCCCUGAGUGCGGGAUGCUGGCUGUUCUGGGCAAGUCCCGAAACGUACGGAGGUCGGACUCCCUCGCAGGUAUAAAUAGUAGCACGCAUCAACUGUACAAGGCUUAGGACCAGCUCUUCCAUCAGCACCCCGAGCUCGUCAGUCCAGCUCGGUCCGGGGAAGCUCAGCGCUUCUUUAGUUGGCGCCGUCUGUGGGAAACGUAAGGUAAGCGAGAUUGUGUUGAUGGCCAGGACGCGGUCCAAGCGCACGGUAGAGAGCGCCGGCCCUGGAGACGGUGAGGGGUCCCCGCGCAAGGAGGCUGAGGCAUCCCGGGGCGCCGGGGGCUCAGCCCUUUCAGGGGAGCGCAGGCAGCAGAUCUUCCAGUUUGUGACGGAAAAUCUCCCCAUGCUGGAAGAUAUAAUCCGGCAGGCGAAGGAGGGAGAGGGAGUUGGGGGUGCGCAGACCUCUAAGGCCAAGGGGAAGGAGAAGGAGACGCCCCCUGAUCCUUCGGAGGAUGAGUCACGAGACCGGCCCCCUAGGAGGAAGCGGCCCCGGACUCCACCUCGCCCGCGAGCCUCGGUGGUCGGAGACAGCGAGAGGUAUUCCCGCGACAGGUCAGCGAGGAGCCGUCCCAGAGACCCCUCCCUCCGGAAGCCCAUGCGGAAUGGGUUCGAGCGUUCCCCUGCUCGGUCUGUCAAGAGCCGACCCUGUGACCUCCUUCAUUUGGAACCUGCUCGGGAUGAGCUCGAGCAGAUCUUGAGACCCCGGCAGUACGAGGACAAUUACGCAACCUCGCUUUUUACCCGGGAGAUAGAGGACUACCCGCUACCCCGGAGGUUUAAGAUUCCGAGCAUUGAGAUGUACGAUGCCUCUACAGACCCAGAAGACCACCUUUCGGUCUUCCUGACGCAUAUGCGCCUCCAGACCGCCGCGGACGAAGUCCGCUGCAAAACUUUCCCUAUGUUUCUGAAAGAGAAAGCACGGCUCUGGUUCCAGGGACUGGCGCCGGGGUCUAUACGGAGCUUUCCCGAGCUGGCUCAGCAGUUUGCAGCCCAGUUCGUCUCCUCGAAGGUUUACGCGAGGAAGUUACCCACCUGAUGUCCAUCAGACAAAGGCCCGACGAGACGCUGAGGAACUUCAUGACCCGCUUUAAUGCGGAGAGCUUGCAGGUCAGGGACAAGGAUGAAAAAAUGGUGAUGGCCGCCUUCACAAAUGGGCUCAGGGUAGAGGAGAUCUUCUACGACCUGGCCAAGAAGCCUCCCGCGAACCUGGAGGAGCUCUUACGCAGGGCGCACGAGGCCGCUAAUGCGGAGGAGGCAGGUCGCCUGAAGAAGGAAUCCGAUCAGGAGCUCGGAGAUCGGAAAGGUCGGACUAACCCCCAGAGGGUAAGGACGUCCCGUCCAAGAAAAACGUUUUCGACCGGCUCUCGAAGGAGAAGGCCCCUGCUCCGCCGCCACUCCCAGAGAAAAUCUACACCCCUCUAACACGGUCCAGAGCCCAGAUCUUGGCUGUUAUGGAGGCGGAAGGGCUGGGAGAUCGGCCGCCCAAGAUGGGGACACUCCGGAAUAAAAGGAACCAAGAUCGGUACUGCGCCUUCCACCGUGACGUCGGACACGACACGGAGGGAUGCUGGGCCCUGCGUAAGGAGAUAGAAGACCUGAUCCAGCGCGGCUUUUUAGGGCGGUUCGUACGCCGACCAGGUCAGGAGCUCGGGCGCAACCACUACGGAGAUAGGUACGAGGGACGGCGUCGAGACCGCCCCGAGCGGCGCGACGCUCCUCGGAACCCCUCCCCCGACCUGGAAGACCAGAACCUAGCGGGGGUCAUAAACACCAUCGCCGGAGGCCCCACGGGGGGAGAUAGUCACACAGCUCGGAAGAACAGGCGACCACCCCCCGAGGGAGACGACUCGUUGAAACGCCUGCGCAUGGACGAGGAGACCACCUUCGGACCGAGAGAUGCGGUUCCCCUAGCGUCCGGGAAUCACGAGGUUAUAGUGAUAGACAUUGUCACCAACAACUAUUGGGUGAAAAAUGUGUAUGUCGACCAAGGUAGCGCGGUUGACAUUAUGUUCUACCGGGUGUUCAAAGAGCUCGGGCUGAGGGACGACCAGCUGACCCCGGUUUGAACACCUCUAGUGGGCUUCACAGGACCACCCAUCAACCCGGAGGGAAUGAUUACCCUGAUGAUCACGGUAGGGCAGGCCCCCAAAUGCCGGACUAUCCCUGUCAAUUUCGUGGUGGUCAAGCAGCAAUUCUCAUACAACGUGUUCCUGGGCCGGCCAGUUCUGAACGCCCUCCGAACUAUUCCGUCCACCCUCCAUCUCAGCGUGAAGUUCCCCACUCCAUGAGGGAUAGCCGAGGUGCACGGUGAUCCAGAGGUUGCCAGAACUUGCUACUUAGCCACGCUCCGCGGGCCGGAGAAGAUGGUCGCCCAGACGACCAAUUUGGAGCCCUACAUCCCAGGAGACGAGACACAGCAGCUGAGCACACAGGACGAGGUCGAGGAAUUCCCCUUGAGGGAGGAGAGGCCCGACCAGGUCAUCCGCAUCGGGGCAUUGCUGCCAGCCGAGGAGAAGGAAGGCUUGAAGGCCUUGUUGAGAGAGUACUCCCAGGUCUUCGCAUUGACGGUGGAGGACAUGCCCGGGAUUCCAACAGGCCUGGCAGUCCACCACCUCGACGUGGAUCCUCACUUCAAGCCGGUGAAGCAGAAGAAAAGGAGUUUCGCCCCCGAGAGAAAUGAGGUGAUCAAGGCGGAGGUAGGCAAGUUGCUGGAAUCCAAGAUCAUCCUGGAGGUCUACUACCCGACCUGGCUGGCCAAUCCCGUCCUAGUCAAAAAGGAGAACCAGACCUGGAGGAUGUGCGUAGACUUCACGGACCUUAACAAAGCCUGCCCGAAGGACUGCUUUCCCCUGCCUAGAAUCGACAGGUUAGUAGACUCUACUGUGGGUUUUGACGUUUUAUGCUUCCUGGAUGUCUUUAAGGGAUAUCACCAGAUAGAAAUGGCUGAGGAGAACCGGGACAAGACCUCCUUCAUCACCGAGGAGGAAACCUACUGCUACAGGACCAUGCCGUUCGGGUUGAAGAACGCGGGAGCUACUUACCAGCGCCUGGUCAACAAGUUAUUCCAAAACCAGAUCGGCAGAAGCAUGGAGGUCUAUGUUGACGACAUGAUCGUCAAAAGUCGAACUGAUCAGCGGCUCAUACCCGACCUGUGGGAGAUCUUGGACAUCCUACUGGAGAGCCGGAUGGGCCUAAAUCCGAAGAAGUGCACCUUUGGGGUCAGAUCGGGAAGAUUUCUCGGUUUCCUGGUGUCCCGAGACGAAAUCCGGACCAACCCGGAUAAGUUCCAGGCCAUCAUGGACAUGGCCCCUCCAAGGAACGUGAAGGAAGUCCAGCGGCUCACAGGGAGAAUGGCCGCCCUGAGUAGGUUCCUCUCGCGCUCCGCGGUCCGGGGGCUGCCCUUCUUCCUAGUCUUGAAAGCGCCUAAGAAUUUCCAUUGGACAGAGGAGUGCUAGAAAGCCUUCACCGACCUGAAAGCCUAUUUAGCCGAGCUGCCAACUCUGACCGCCCCGGAGUUGGGGGAGACCCUAUUCCUAUACCUGUCCGCUUGCAACGAGGCAGUCAGUGCGGUCUUGGUGCGAGAAGACAUGGGGGCUCAGAGACCGGUGUACUACGUCAGCCGAGCUUUACAAGGGGCCGGAGACGCGAUACACCCCGGCCGAGAAGCUGGUUCUUGCCUUGGUGCAUGCUGCUCGCAAGCUCCGGCCUUACUUCCAAGCUCACAGCAUCGUAGUCCUGAUCGACCAGCCCUUGCGCCAGAUACUCACCAAGCCCGAGGUCUCGAGCAGGAUGACCAAGUGGGCCGUCGAGCUAGCCGAGCAUGACCUCAGUUAUCGGCCUCGUACCGCGAUCAAGGCUCAGGCCUUGGCGGACUUCCUUGCCGAGGGGGCUAGCUUGACCCCGACCGAGCUAGUCCCCACACCCACGGACACCCCGACGGAGGAGCCGUGGGUGUUGUUCGUGGACGGCGCCUCGAGCAAGGAGGGCAGCGGAGCUGGCCUGCUGCUCAUCUCGCCCACGGGGGAAGAACUGACCUAUGCGCUUAGGUUCGACUUCCCUGCGUCCAACAACGAGGCGGAGUACGAGACCCUGUUGACGGGGUUGCGGAUAGCCCACCAGAUGGGCAUCACCGCGAUCCGGGUUCGAAGCGACUCUCAGUUCGUCGUCCUCCAGAUCCGUGGGGAGUAUGAGGCCAAGGACGAGAUAAUGAAGAAAUACCUGGCUAAGGUACGAGAGGCGGUAGCCCUGUUCGAGACUUUUGAGAUCGAGCAGGUACCAAGGUCCCAAAACAAGCGCGCGGACGCCUUGUCCAAGCUGGCGUCCUCCUCGUUCGCCCACCUGAGCAAGGAGGUCUUGGUAGAGGUGGUGAAGCAGAAAAGUAUCGACCAGGUCCAGGUCCUGGCGAUAGACAGCUCGGCCACUUGGAUGGCUCCCCUCGUUGACUUCCUCAGCUCGGGUGCCCUCCCUGAGAACAAAACCGAGGCUCGAUGAAUCCAACUCCGAGCUGCCAAAUACGCCUACGCCGGGGGAACUCUCUACAGGAGGUCGUACUUGUCCCCCUGGCUAAAGUGCUUGACUCCCGAGGAAAGAGACUACGUUCUGCGCGAAGUCCAUGAAGGUAUAUGUGCGGCACAUGUGGGGUCUCGGGUGUUGGCCAAAAAGUGCCUUCUCCUGGGCUAUUAUUGGCCCUCCGUCUUCCGAGACGCCGCAGAGCUGGUACAAAGAUGCCGAGCCUGCCAGGUGCACGCCUCACUGCGUCACCAGCCAGCUCGGGAAAUGAUCCCCAUUCACAGUCCCUGGCCUUUCGCCCAAUGGGGAAUAGACCUCCUAGGUCCAUUUCCCCGAACUCCUGGAAGGUACGAGCACCUCGUGGUGGCCAUCGACUACUUGGAUGGAGGCAGAGCCCCUGGUCUCUAUUUCGGGAAAGACGAUUCAGAAGUUCUUUUGGAAGAAUAUAGUCUGUCGCUUCGGAAUUCCGCAUGUUCUGAUAUCUGACAAUGGGCGCCAGUUCGCCGAAAACCCCUUCAAGGACUGGUAUGCCGAGCUCGGGAUCAAUCAACACUUCACGUCGGUCGGCAAUCCCCAGGCUAACGGUCAGGUGGAGAAUGCCAACCGAACUAUCUUGCAAGGACUAAAAACUAGGCUGGAGCUAGCCCAGUCUAACUGGCUAGAGGAGCUCCCUAGUGUUAUCUGGGCCUAUCGCACCACGCCUAGGGCGGCUACUCACGAGACACCGUUCUCCCUGACGUAUGGGGCGGAGGCAGUGGUCCCCGCGGAGAUCGGCCUCCCAUCUCCUCGGACCCAGAACUUCGUUGCGACAGCCAACGAAGAAGAGUUGAGAUGCAAUCUGGACAGGUUAGAGACCAAGCGGGAGGAGGCAGCAAUUCGGAUGGCUAAGUACAAAAGCCAGCUCGCCCGCUACCACAACGCCCGAGUAAGGAGCAUUCAGUUCCAGCCGGGAGAUCUAGUCUUGCGAAAAAACUCAAUCAGCAAAGCUUACAGUUCCAACAAGCUCGACCCAAACUGGGAGGGUCCGUACAAGGUCCUUGAGGUGAGCCGGGCUGGCUACUGCAGGCUCGCCAAGGUGGAUGGAUCUGAAGUAUCUCGUACUUGGCACUUCUCCAAUUUGCGACUGUUUGUAACAUAGGUUAGACCAGUGUGUUCAGGAAUUUUUGUUUUCUCAUUCAAUAAAAACCCGACUUCACAAUUUCAAUU